AUGUCAGGAUCACCCGCGCAUAAACGCGCCCGGCCGGACUCCGAAGCCUUACCGGCCAACACGGCGACUGCAGCACUCCAAAAACACGUCGCAUCCCUUCCUCGCGCCGCAGCCGACGCCCUCAUCCUCCGUCUGAUCGCGACCUACCCUGCCGGCCAGGCCUUCCUCUUUCAGAGCGUUGCAGCAGCUGUUGUCGACAAAGCGGAGGCCGAGAAGCGGAACAAGGAGGCGGGACCUAUCGACCUGACCCACAUUGCUAGCUCGCCUCCAGCCGCAGGCACAUCUGCAUCCGCGCCGGUCCGAGCUGGCAAGGAAGCCGCGGCUGCAGAUCCGAUGGGGAGCGAGAACGAGCUGGACGAUGAGGACGAAGAUGAGGAUGAGGACAACUCAGAUGACGAGGAUGAGGAGUCGUCGGGCGAUGAGGAGGAGGAUACCAACGGCGAGAUGAUACCCAAGGAGUGGAUGUACGAGAUAGACGUGAAGAGGCCAUGGCUGAGGAAAGGAUGGCCCAAAGACGCUGGAUGGUAG